UAGCAUCGAUCCUUUGAUCAUUGAAAAAGAUUGGCCAUCACAGGACGACCUCACUAAACUUGUUGAAGCUUUGAAAAGCUUAAUACAUCCUAACUCUAAGAACUGUGAUCUAGAAGAAAGACAGGGAGAAUCUUUAGAACUGCAGGCAACAAGAGAAAAUGUUAAAAGUAGAGACUCAGAGCACAUGUUACCAAAGCAAAUAAAUGGAUAUGAACAACUCACAAAGCAUUCACAAACAACUUGUGAUGAUUCUAGGAACACAGAUGUACAUGCUUUGGGUAAAAAUGAUGAUAAACAUGAUCUAAUCAAAGGUUUUCAAGAGCUGAAAAUAAAAUAUGUGUCAGCUGACCAGGGGGAGUCUGAUUCAGCAAAAAAAGUUUUUGAAGAAAAUGCCAUGGUAUCAGUGCACGGCAGACAGGAGGAUGCAUUGCAAAUUAAAAAAAGCACACCAGAUAAAGAAAAAGAAGCACCAGCUAGCAAAGAUGCAACUAUUGGACCAAAAGGCACAGAAGAAUUGAUUAACAUAAGAUCUCAUGCAGCUCUUCUGUCUUUAGAGGGAGGUUAUGAAAAAGAUAACAUUCCUGCCACAAGGUUGCUAGAAAGGGAGAGUCAUGAUAUACAGAGGAACAAAGCAUUGAGAAAAAUUGAAAACAAUGAAACAGUUUUCAAAAAAGUCAAAUCACAAAAAUCUAAAAAUGAUGUUGGGGACCCAACAGAUCUACAGCCACAUAAAUUAACACAUAGAAAGGAUGCUAUUUCCUGUGCACUGCCCGAAGGACCUCUUCUUCAGAAGCUUGAUGUCGCUCAUAAGAAAAACACUGGAGACAGUGAACGUAAUAUUUUCACUAAAAACCACAAUGCUUACUAUGUAAGAACUGAGAGAAUUAAACUGAAAGUUCAUGUUUUAAAGAGUGACAUAACAAAACUGGAUGUUGACUGCAUAGUAAAUGCCUCAAAUAAGAGAUUGCAGCAUGGUGGAGGUGUGUCGAAAGCCAUAUCUCUGGCAGCUGGCCCAGCUCUGAAUAAGGAAUGUGAAGCCUUUAUAAAUACAGGCAAGCUGGUUGCUGUGACUGAUAUCUUUUUAUCCACUGGUGGAAAUCUGUCUGCAAAAUGUGUUAUGCAUGCAGUGGGUCCUAAAUGGGAUGCCUAUGAUGACAAGAGUAAAGCACAAUGUUUUGAUGACCUGCGACACACAGUGAUCAGAUGUCUUGUUGAAGCUGGCAGACAAGGAUUCACAUCAAUAGCUCUCCCUUCAAUCAGUGCUG